UGUGCCAAAGUGAACUCGGGCCGAUGCCAUCCCGUCGCCGCGCCAGAUAAUCGUAAAGAGACGCGCAGUGCAAACCUCGGUUAUCGCGCCGGAGACCUGUGCCGCGGCCAGCCGGCAGGACACGGCGGCACGGCGCGGCGCCAGGCGGAGUGCACCAGCAGGCUGCGGCGCCGCCACCACCACCGCCACCACCGCUCACCGCCGCCCCCACGCCCGCACAGCCAGGACACCGCAGCUUAACGCCCCCCCGCCCACCCACGCCGACCCCGCAACACACGCCGCCGCCUCCACCUGAGAAACACAAGCACGCGCAACACAACAACAGCUGAACCAAAUAACAAGAACAAGAACAGCAGCAAGAAUUUGACGCGAACAACACUGGAUUGAAGUUAAAUUAUCGGAGUCAUAAGGGAGGUCAAGGAAAACCAAGGAAACAAACACACGCAACACUGUUCUAAACCUAUACUAAAACACAAGAAAGAAACACGUUAUUGCACUAAACCAAUAUUAAACCACAAGAUAAAACAGUCAAGUCAAGCUGUCAGGAAGAGACGGAUGAUUAACACGUCAAAACAUAAACAACCACAAAUGAAACAAACGUAGGAUAAUAUCACACCCAUCCCAAAGUUAAUCUCAUCCAAAGCUAAUCUAGUCCUAUAAUAGUUAAGGAAGAACGAAUAAAAUACAAUCGGGGUACUUACCAGCCCACGAGGAAGCAGAAGGAGCACCAUUACUGAGUCCACCACCACGAAGGCUUAGAAGAGUCCACGAAUCACUGCAAGGAGAGAGAAAAGUUUUAGAGAAUAAUAAAACCUUACAACAAAGUCCUCAACAAAAGUAGUGAAACAGACCUUGCGAAGCCCCUUUAACCACACACCCAACAGGAACAUAUACUGAAAAACAAAGGAGGUCCCCCCCAAAAAACGAACCCUGGAGACCUAUGAGAGAAAUUAAAGCUAAGACCAAAGGAAGUCCAAUAACAAACGAAAACUUAAUUCCAAAGAAAGACCAAAAAACAGACCUUGCAGAACCAUAAAGGAAAAAUAUUUAAACUCAACUAAACUCAACGCAAGUUCAAACACAAGCAUUGGGGAACCGUAAGGGAUAAGCUAAAUACAAAACAGGUAAAAAAAAAAUAGUCUUACGGAAUCCUAAGAGAAAGACAAAAACCAAAGGAAACCCAAAACAAACCUUACAGAACCCCCAAAACAAAAAACAAAAAACAACGGAAAAACAACCAACACCAAAGCUAACGGAACCCAAGCGACCGCAAAACCUACGAAUCCUACACAUCCACCUCCUCCCUCACCCAGCGGCCUGAAGGAAGGAUGCUGGACCGUCAGGAGGAGCAGGCGGGGCCGGAGGAGGCGGUGUGCGUGGGCUGCGGCGUUCGGAUCACGGAGCGCUGGUUCUCCAAGACGCAGGAGGGCGUUUGGCACAGCUCGUGUCUGCGGUGCUGCGAGUGCCACCAGCCCCUCGAGGAGAAGUGCUUCGCCAAACACGGUCACCUCUACUGCCGCGAUGACUACUUCAGGAUGUUCGGGUGCGGUCGGUGCGGGCGCUGCGGGCUGGAAAUCGCGCCGCAGGAGUUGGUCAUGCGCGCCCGCCACCACGUGUUUCACCUGCACUGCUUCACCUGCGCCUCCUGCCACGCCCAGCUCCACAAAGGCGAUCACUUCGGAAUGCGGGACGGAGCGGUGUACUGUCGCGCCCAUUACGAACUCAUCCUCCAAUCUGAAGCCGAAAUGGAGGCGGUGGGCGUGUCCUCCGGUAUGGCCUUCCCGCCCCUGUCCCCCGCCACGCCCCGCCUCGCCUUCUACAACGGCGUGGGGGCGGCGCAGAAGGGCAGACCGAGGAAGAGAAAGCUCCCCAAUGAUGAGAUGCCGCCCCUCACGCCCCUCACCCCCGGCAUGGAACUCGUGCCAGGGGGGGAGAUGUCGAUGGAGGGUUACCGGUACGACCCCCAACCCCCCGGGCAGAACAGAACCAAGCGGAUGCGAACCUCCUUCAAACACCACCAGCUGAGAACCAUGAAGUCCUAUUUUAGUCUCAACCAGAACCCCGACGCGAAGGACCUCAAGCAGCUGGCCCAGAAAACAGGACUGUCCAAGAGGGUCCUACAGGCCAUGACGAUCUGUAAGAGUUGAGUGAGGCACAGACACACGGAGGGGGAAGGGGCAGGCAUUGUCUCCAACAUGCAGGAAGGGACGCCACAAAACACCUCUCCCAAACAUCCUCCCCCUCCCUGACCCCCAACCCCCAACCCCCUUCCCCACACCCUACCUCCUUUAACUUCAUCUCUCAACCUCAUAUCGAUCUGUGGCCUCAGUUUCAUCUAGUUUCUCAAUCUGUUUCUCCUCCUCCUCCUCCUCCUCCUUCGACUUAAUUUCGUCCAUUUUAUGCUUCUAACUGUUCCUCUUCCUCUUCCUCCUCUUCCUCCUAUUUCAUUCUCCUCCUGUUCCUCCUCUCUCUCCUUCUAUUUUUAUCCCUGUUUCUUCCAUUACUUCUCUUCCUUGUCCUACCUCUCCUCAUUCUGCUUCUAACAUAUCCACAUCCUUAAUCCUCAUCAUCAUCCUAAUCCUCGUCCUCCUCCUCGUCCUCGUCCUCCCCUUCCUGCUCCUGCACCUGCACCUCCUCCUCCUGCUGCUCCUUCUCCGCCACCACCAUCCCACUACCUCUCUUCGGCAGGUGUGGUUCCAGAACGCGCGGGCAAAGUGGCGGCGGAACCUCUUGAAGCAGGAGCACGACCGCCACGUCGGGGAGAAGAUGAAGGACCAGAAUAGCCUCCUCAGCGAUCUGCGGCCCGUGGACUCCCUCGGGCCGGGCCUCA